AAAACUAUAUUGAACGUGAUGAUAUUAAAAUAAUUAAACAACUGGAUCAAUCCGUAUUUGUAUUAGAAAAGCAUAAACAACAUGAAAAUCAUGUUGUUCAAGUUUGUAACAAUAUUUAUACUGAAACAACGAAAAAAUCUGAUUAUGCAUUUCAAAAGAGUAUGAUUACAAAAACAUUAACGGAUCAAUUAGCCAAUUAUAUGACUAAUCGUCUCAAUAGCGAACUAAUUAAUCCUGCUGUUCAUGCUGGUGUAGAUGGAAUUGUUGAAAAUUUAGCAAACAAAAUCGAAGUUGCUUGUGCUGGUAGUAAUGGAACAUUGAAAAAACAAUUAGAACGGCGUCGAGCUCAAAAUGCCAUUAUUCGGCAAGGAAAAGAUAUGAUGAAACAGGCGGCAAAAGAACAAGCAAAAGGUACAAAAGCAGAAUAUGUACAUGGAGAUCCAUCAAUUCAUCCAGAUAUUGAAAAAAUGGCACAGAAUGCUGAGCAAAACACUCCUGGUAGUUUGAUGGAGGUCAUGGCUUUAAGCGCAAAACUUGGACGUCCAGUGCACAUCAUGAGAAAUGGCAAAUAUGAUCUGACUAUUGGAGAUACUCAAGCCGGUGAACCAUUGAAACUUGAUUAUCUAGAAAACAAAACGGGAGGUGUCGGACAUUUUGGUAAUGAGAAUCCGAAUAAUGCUAUUCAAUCUACUGGUCCUACAAAUUGUUUAUAUGAUAGACUAAGCGAACAAACAAAUAUAUCAUCGGAUGAAUUGAGACAACUUGCAGCGAAUGGUAUUAGAGAAAAUUCUAAUCAUUAUCUUAAAAUGAUGCCUGCUGCUGACCUGUUGGCUCAACACGGAAAUAAAGGUUUACUGUAUAUAGGUGGCACGAAUAAAGCAAAGAAAGGUAACCAAAGUACCCCACCUGUUACUAAAAACAACAAGACAAAAGAUGUAGAUGAAGAAAGACAUGUAGCUACGAAAAAUCUUACACUACCGGAGAACACGACACUUAAAAGUGCUAUGGGUAAAUUUAUUAAUGCUUUUAACGUUGAUCAGAUCCAUGCGGGCGGUGGUGGUACACUCUUUGGAUACAACAAAGAACGUCAUUUUAGGGACACUCUCGGCGAGGCAAAUAAAGAUCAAUUUUUCGACAGUUUGAACAAAAAAGAAGAAAAUUUGAUAGUAGCUCCUAAAGGCCUUCGAGACAAGAACGACUCAAGGGGAACAUUGCGACUUGACAAUCAAGGUGUUCUUGGAGACAACAGACUCAAUCUUCAAAUACAAUACGGUGGUGAUCGUCAACGUCUCGAACAAAUUCGUUCUGCUUACGCUGAUACAAUGAAAAAUGCACAAACGACUACAACAACCACAAAUGCAGACGAUCGAAUCAAAUUGCUUGCUAAGGGGUUUCCUCUCAUUGACGAUGAACAAAAUCUUGCUCAUUUAAAAUUAUGCGUUAUAGGAACGCACUUAGAGAUCGCAUGUCAAGCCAUUUUGGGUGAAUACCUUAAGAUACUUAUUGAACAACAAAAUGCUAGAAAAGCUAACUCGCCAUCAGUUCCUCCAACAAUAGUAGAUACAGCGACAAAGUCAACUGUGCAAGUCCCCGAAUCUUUGUCGAAAAUUAUGUGUCAAAUUCUUGUUAAAAAAAAUCAACCAGCUGUUAUCGAAUUUAUUCAAAGUUUUUUAUUAAGUCCACUUGCCAAGGCAGCAUCACGACAGAAACCGAAUGUUCUAUCAUCGACUGAAUUUAUUGGCGGGCCCAUCCCUCCUGGUACCACACUGGAUAUUUUUAUUCGCGCUCAAUUACUUGCUCGAGGUGGUACAAUCGAUCUCGGACGUCCACUGACAAAACUUCCACUUGUCGAGCCAAUCGUACUAGUUGAUGAAUUUGACACUUGGCAUUUCGAUCGUCUACGUGGCUUAUUUGAAUUAAAUUUAGUGAAUGAGCCAUGCUUUCCACAAAAAUGGACAUUGGCUCCUGAUGGCGAGCUUUUCUACAUAUUUGAGACGCCAGCUGAUCGUACGAAUACGAAUCAGGCCGGUGAACAAACGGUGCGCAAUGUCGAUCGACCAUCUACACAAUCGUUAGAACAAUUUGUUACAGACAUUUGCGAAAAAGAAAACAAUGGUAUGGCUUCGAAAUGGUUAACCGAUUUACGUGCCGAUGAUCUUUUCUCUUAUGAUCAUCUUGCCAAUUUGAAAUUUACCGAAUGGGAUCGAUUGAAACAAUUAUCGAUGAAUGGAAGAAAGACUCUCAAAUCAUAUGUCGAUCGAGAAAAACAAAUGGCCAGCGAUGCUAAAACAACUGCGAAUGCACAACAAUCAAACUCAAACAAAGGCAUUCGUGAGUAG